GUGACGUCGUGUUGAUAAGCUCACAACCGCAACCGCUCCCUCCCCUUCCAUUCCAAAUCCCCGACCAAAACUCACGCGUAAAAGCUUAGCAAAAAGCAACAAGAUCAAGCCAAGCCCAUGGAGGAAGCAGCGAGUCCCGGUGGUUUGGAUCCUGCAAGGCUGGCGGAGGCUCCACGGCUGGUCGGCUCGGUUUCUCGGGCCAUCCAGGGACUGGCGACCGAGAUCCAAUCGCACGGCCACGUCUCCCGGGCGCGGAGGCGCGGCUGGCUGAUGGCUGUCCAGGAGCUGGAGGUGCUCAAGGUCCAUAUGCUCAAGAUCUGGUUCAUCUCCGCCGACGUCGACCCACCGCGCGCCGGUGACAAGGCGCUGGCUAAGCAAGCCAGAGACGCCACCUAUUUGGUCGAUGGACUUGAGGACAUGAUUCAGUACAGCAUGCUUCUGUCCAACCUAGCCCCGCGCGCCAAGAUGCAGUUCAAACUGCUUCCCGCUCUGAGUCUGAGGUGCCGAUGGAACUGCCUGCUAGCUUUCGAGUUUUCAAAUCCAAACAAGAUCUUGAGGGACAUCAAACUUGUGAAUGAAGAAACUGGCAGGCUUGGCCAUCUGCUGGAAAUGGAAAAGGCCGCUGGCAAUCAUCUGCCGCCGCAACCUUAUUCGGGCAAGGAAGCUCUUCAGAGGGUGCUAGUAUUUGGGCGCCACAAGGAUGUCAAUGAAAUCGUGCAGAUGCUCAUCCAGCCUUGCGGUAAGCCUGCAACUGACAGGGUUAUCUCCAUUGUUGGUCCUGGAGGCAUCGGGAAGACCACGCUGGCUCACAUGGUGUCCAAUGAUGCAACAGUCAGGCAGCACUUUGAUGUCACAUGUUGGGUAUCUCUUUCCAGUGUUUCUAACAAAAUGUAGCUUGCUGCAGAGAUCUUAAGACCUUGGAAUGGGUCUGCUGAGAAGAUGCUGGAUUUUCAGAUGCUUCAGUCCGAGCUCCACCGGUCUGUCACAUCCAAAAGGUAUCUGAUUAUUCUAGAUGAUGUUUGUAGCGGCACGGAUGAAUCCUGGCUGGACAUGUUCACUCCUCUGCAGUCUGCAGAUAUUGGGAGCAGAAUUCUGGUGACUUCUCGCAUGAACACCGUGACUCACAUGCCGGGUGCAUCACAGGUGUACAAUGUGAAGCCGCUAACUAGUGACGAUUGCUGGGCCCUGCUUAAGGGACAUGCUUUUCCGAGUGACACCGAGUACUGCUUCCGUAUUGAGGAUGGCAUGAAAUGUGACAUCCCGUCAACAGUGCGCCAUUUGUCGGUCACUGUGCACAGUGUGCCUGGUCUCACAAGCUCCCGUGGGCUAGAGGAUCUGCGCACCUUGUUAAUCCGACCAUCAAUUACGUCCUCCUCCAGCAGCUUCCAAGAGGAUUUGGCUGCGAGUUUAAAAAGUAUCCUGGAGAAGUCAAAGCAUUUGCGUGUUCUUGAUCUCAGCGGCUAUAACUCCAAAGAGUUGCCUUAUUGCAUCUAUGACUUGCUGCACCUCCGUUACCUGUCUAUCCAUGGCUCCAUCCAGAGACUAUCUGAGUCCAUUGGCAAGCUUUCUGCAUCUGCAAACAUUGUGCAUCACUGGGAAAUGUUCCCUUGAGAAGCUUCCUGCGAGCGUUAGUAUCUUGGUGAAUCUGCGGCAUCUUAUGGUUGAAAUAAAGUUUACUGCAGGAUUUGGUAGGCAUUGGCCAGCUAAAAAACAUGCAGGGAUCACUUGAGCUCCACAUUGAGAAGAGGGAAGGACGUAAACUUGAAGAGCUGAAGAACAUCAAUGGUCUUCGUGGGCUACUAAAAACAAAAGGUCUAGAAAAUGUUUCAAGCUAUGAAGAAGCCUGCAAAGCUGAGUUGAAUAAGAAACUUCAUCUUAAUUCUCUGAAUUUGGAAUGGAGCCCCGCUAGUAGAAAUAGCUCCCCUUGUGCUGAUGCAAAGGUACUUGAAGGUCUGCAGCCUCACCAAGACAUCAAGGUACUUCAUAUUAGAAGAUAUUGUGGCACCAAAGCUCCCAGUUGGCUAGAGCCAUUGCAACAACUGCGUUCCUUGCACCUUAUCAAUUGCAGGAGUUUAUGCACUCUUCCUCCAUUGGGAAAUUUGGGAUCACUCAAAUAUUUAAACAUGAAGGAGCUGUGUGCAGUCGACCAGAUUGGACAAGAGUUUUAUGGCACCGGUGAUGUGGCAUUUCCAUCUCUAAGUGUCCUUGAAUUUGAUGAUUUCCCAAAGUUGCGUCAUUGGGCUGGCACAGAAGACAAUAACUCAUUUCCAUGCCUUGAAAGUUUAAGUCUAAUUGAUUGUCCAGAAUUGAUCCAAAUUCCUUUGUUACCCCAAGCUACCCGUGAAGUUACCAUCGAACGUACACGGUUGAUACCAUAUAUCAUAUAUGAGGCUUGCGCCCUUGUCUUCAAGUUCAGAAAUGCUCCAGCUGGAUGUUUGCGCAAGUUCUGUCAUCCUCGAUACACUACUCUACAAACAUAAUAUAGAGUCCAUUGCAGUGUUAAACAUAAGUGGGGCUGAACAACCUGAUGCUUCUGGACAACUGGGGUCUCUUGUUUCUCUGCAAAGGCUUGAGCUCUCUCGGUGCGGUCUUAGACCAGGCUUUAAGAAGCUUCGUCCAGGAUCUGCCUUGUUUGUCCCCUUUGGAGAUUAUAGACCUUCCUAACAUAACAUCGCUUCCGGUAUCGGGAACACUCAAGUUCUGCAGAAUGCUCACUGGGUUGUGCAUUCGCAACUGCCAAUCGCUUUGUUCUCUAUCCUCCUUGUAGUAUCUUGGUUCACUAAAAUAUCUGGUGGUCGAAAGAUGCCCUCAAGUAAUCGCAACAUCUUUUCCGGUGAACUUUAUGAGCCUUGCAUAUCUGAAGGUGCUGAGGCUGUCGUACUGCACAGAGCUUCAAACUUUACCGGGUCUGCCAUCCUCACUGGAAACACUUCAUAUCUUUGGGUGCCACCCAGAGUUGUCCAGGCAGUCAAGAAACAGGAAUGGGAACUAUGCUGAGAAGCCUGCAGUUGCACCUAGCGUAUUUGAUUCGGUGACAGAAUAUUGUGCAAGCGGUUCUAAUCGAGGAGGUAAAAUCCCCCGCAUCAUCCUUUAAGCGACGGACUAUGUCCAGGUCCUUGCCAUUGCCAGAAGACGCCAAUGGGCAAAGCCCGCAGCCCACGGAAGCAGCGGGGCUUGUGGUGGUUUCAUCACGAGGCACAGCAGUGACACGGUAGCAGAGCACGUAGAUAGAUUUUUUUUUUUCAAGAAUCUGCACGCAGAUAGAUUUUUCUUUUCGAGAAUUUGCACGCAGAUAGAUUUUUUUUAGGGAAGCCAAGACUUUAUUACAAAAAAAUACAGAGUUUGGAUUACAAAAGGGAUCGUGGAGUUAGCCGGACUUGAUCUCGGUGGUGAAAACACAUGAUUUGGCCUGUAGUCAUUUGAUCCGCCAACCAUGGUACGGGUGUGUUGUUUCCCUUU